AAUAUGAAAAUCAGUUUAUUACACAGUGUAUUUUGGAUAAUUUGACGUUUCGCUUCGUUCAAAACAUCCAGGUAAAAAAAUUUUUUUAACGCGACGUACAGAAUUGAAUUCUGUUAAAACAAUCACUAUGCCACCACCACCAUACUAUGAGGAUCCAUAUCGCCAUCGUCAUCAUCAUCACCAUCAUCGUCCAGGUAUCGAGAUUGAUAUUGUUCCCGGUUGGAAUCGUCCAUACUAUCCUCCACCUCCCCCGCCUCGCACUGAAGUGGUGGUCGUAACACCAGCCGCAACUUAUCCCGGUGCCCCCUGUCAAGGUCCAUAUUAUAAUAACGGUGCUUACUACAACAACAAUGGAGCAUAUAAUAAUGGAUGUAAUUAUGGUUAUAACAAUCCUCCCUAUCCCCGUUGGUAACAAGUGUUCGUUCGUUCAAAAAUGUUAAAAAAAGUUUAUUUAAAAACAGAACAAUUUUUACUAAUUAAAAAAAA